AAGACUGGGAAGGAGAGGAGGUCCCACUGGGAGCGCAGAGGAGGGAAGAGCCGUCAGUUUAAUAAGCGAGUUUACGGGAAUAAACAGAUUAAUAUUUACUCCGAAUGAUCUUACAGUAAGUUCUCUUCUGUUUUACUCCCACAGUGGAUCGUGAUGAUGAAGAGAAGAAGGAGCGAUUUUGUUUUCACUCUGGAUGUUUUACGCACGCUGCACACCUGCUCUUAAACCUUUUCCUCGAUCUUGUUUUUACUCCUUUAUUUGACUCAUAGAAGUGUUUUCAUUCACUUUGACGAAGUGAUUCACGAUAGUGGGCUGAGAUCUGUCGCCCUGUAGUGUUUUAUUUGCUGCGCGUAAUCAUAAAUCCUAAAAUCGAAGCUUGUGUUUGAUCAGUGCCAGGCUUGUUCAGUCCAGGAUGCACCUGUCGUCCUUUGACCUACUUUCUUUCCCUCUCUCUCUCUCUCUCUCUCAAGUGCUGCCUAAAAAGCGAGCAAGGCAACUAACUGAGGUUCACGUCUCUUCUGUUGUCCAGGUUUCGGGCUGCGCCGCUCAUGCGUAAAGACCUUCCUGGCACCCUCUCCAGAGCGCACAGGAGACACACCGCUUUCCCAUAAAUAACCAUCGUAAACUCCAAUCAUGGACACGUCCAGCCUUUAAAAAGCCACUUCAGGACGGAAGCACUUGGAGAGGAGAGGAGCAGAGGAGGAGGAAGGAGGACAGGACGGGAUUUUUGCGCCGAUUAAAGGGAAGGAAAAGUAGAGGACCGAGCCGAGAAGGAAAUAAACGAAGUGUGUUUUAUCUUCACGGAACUUUGAGCAGAGAAUAAACCCUGAGAGAGGAGAAACAGUGGAUGUAGGAGGCAUGAAAUCGAGGAUAACAAACAGCGUCGCUGAGGUUCUCUGUGGAGAAAGUUCUCUCUCAGGAUUAUCGCUUUGAAUUCAUUUUUUCUCUGUAAUCCUGCGCAGUGAAGUGGGAGGUAAGAGUGCGUGGAAACUGUUUGGAACAGCAUGAACUCUGACCUUUAAUUCAUCUGUUAACUUUUUACACCUCAAGGUUGCAAAAUGACUCUCUUUCACCACGAUCCAGUGUAACCUUUGGUCUAAAAUGACUGGCUCCCUUUCUGGCUCUCUAAGAAUGUACUCGGAAUAUUUGAGAUUAAACACACAGUUGAAUAAGGUUCCUACAAAGUAAAGGAGAUUUGUCAGUAGAGAUAGACUUCACAGAUUUAUUCAGAAACUUUCCACAAACAUGGAGAACGUGUCCUUCACCGGUGGGGUCCUGCCUGUCUGUAAUGACUCUGUGGACUUCUACUCCCUCACGUCGGGGAAUCUCACCGACGUGAACUGCACUCCUCCCCCUGAUUUUUCUUUCUACGCUGACCUUUACGUCAUCCUGCCGGUCAUCUACACGGUCAUCUGUGCCGUAGGUCUGACUGGGAACACGGCGGUCAUCUACGUGAUCCUCAAAGCUCCAAAGAUGAAAACCGUCACCAACAUGUUCAUCCUCAACCUGGCCAUCGCCGAUGAUCUCUUCACCUUGGUUCUGCCCAUCAACAUAGCGGAACACCUGCUGCACUACUGGCCUUUCGGGGAGGUUUUGUGCAAAGUCAUCCUCAGCAUAGAUCACUACAACAUCUUCUCCAGCAUCUACUUCCUCACGGUUAUGAGCAUCGACCGUUACCUGGUUGUUUUGGCGACCGUGAGGUCAAAGCGUAUGCCCUACCGCACCUACAGAGCGGCCAAAAUCAUCUCAUUGUGCGUCUGGAUCCUCGUCAUCCUCAUUGUCAUGCCGUUUACUGUCUUCGCCAGCGUCUAUGUCAACCCGAACGAUGAGAGGAAGAGCUGCGUGCUCAGCUUCCCAACCCCUGAGAGUCUAUGGUUCAAAGCGAGCCGGAUCUACACCCUCAUCCUGGGCUUCGCCAUCCCGGUCUCCACCAUCUGCAUCCUGUACACCAUGAUGCUCUACAAGCUGAGGAACAUGCGGCUCAACAGCAACGCCAAAGCGCUGGACAAGGCCAAGAAGAAGGUCACCAUCAUGGUGUUCAUCGUCUUGGCGGUUUGCUUGUUCUGCUGGACGCCGUUUCAUCUCAGCACCAUCGUGGCCCUGACCACGGACCUGCCGACCACGCCGCUGCUCAUCGGGAUCUCCUACUUCAUAACCAGCUUGAGCUACGCCAACUCCUGCCUCAACCCGUUCCUGUACGCCUUCCUGGACGACAGCUUCAGGAAGGCCUUCAAGAAGAUGCUGGAGUGCAGACCUGCCUGAAUGUUCAGCUGGAGGACGAACUGUCGCAGGGACGAGACACAGAAACACCGAACUGGUUUGAUUUGUUGAAGCUGCACGAGGCAACUUUGCACACGGCACAUAAGGAAGUCCUGUUUUUGUUGUUUUUACCUGUCUGUGGUUCAUUUCAAACAUGUAGACUUAUGCCUGUAAAUUGCACACAACCUGUAAAAUAGAGAAAUGCUUUAUACUGCGGAAAACCAAAGUGACCGGAGAGGGAGAAUAAAUGAAACUCCAGCUUUAUUAAGAUGUAGAUUCAGUUAAUGAAGCAAAACGAGGAGGAUGAAUCUCUCCUUAGCAAUAGACAACGACUGAAUCCAAAUGUCCACUGCCUGGAGUCAAUCUUUGUUUAGACUCAGAUCAGAUUUACUGACGUGUGUUUGACUUCGUUUGCUAAUUAGGACUGUCACAAUAUUCCAUUUUAACCCCAGAGUUUCCAUAGCAACCGAAAUUCCUGAUCAUUUCAUUAUUGUGAUAUUUAUGGAAAACAAACUAACAAAAGUGGAUUAAUGCUGCGUUCCAGUUACCUCAGAGGUCGAGUGUCAGAUGUCGGAAUAACAACCGAGUUACCAGUUGGAAAAGUCGGAAAAUCAAGAUGGAUGCCUACAGUUACCUGUUGUUACCUGUUGUUAGCCGUUGUCAGUUGUUGUUAGUUGUUGUUAGCUAUACCAGUCGUAAACAACACAUAACACAGUAUUUUACUUUGACAAACACCGUAGCUCCGUGUUCACAGUUAGACGUUGGGCAGUACAACAUAAACCACUUAUUUAAUUUCACAAAAACAAAACAGAAGCGCUAAUAAAUAAAACAUUACGAGAGUUUUCACUGUUACUCUUUACUGUCGAUGCACUGCGCUGCCAUCUUGGAUUAUGACGUCGUCAACUCGGGGUUGGUGAGGAUCGUCCGACUUUCCAAGCUGGAAACCCGACUUCAGGGGGGCGUUCCAGAUGAAUUUCUGACUCGGACCUUGGAAAUUCCGACUUCUGAGUACAACUGAAAUGCAGCACCACUAGUCCAAUAGUCCUCCAAAUUUAUGAGAAAUUUGAGCUUUUAUUUGGAAAUUUUACAAACACCACUUCCUGUAGAUCAUAAUCCAUGUAAGUGAAUCAAAACAGCGAAAAGAAGAGUUUAAAAGUAGAAAUUUUCAGAGGCGUACGUCGUUAUUUACCAUCUUAUCACACAGCAGCUACAGCUAGCUUGCUAACGGUUUUAUCGCUUCGUUUUCAUUUCCCUCCAUAUUAAGAUGGUGGCUGCCAGCAUAAAGACCCACUACCACCAUUUUCAUUACAGUGCAAUUAUUUUCUGCGCCUGUCAUAUCUGUCACUGUUAAUUAUAAGUAAAGUUAGCUCAGUCUGCACCCCCAAUUAGCCCCUGAAUCUGGUCCCUCGUGGACUGUUUUGGACAGACCUCUCUGCAGGCCCGGUGGUUCCUCGACAUUUGGAUUCAGUCGGUCUGUAACCUUAUUAUCCGUCAGCAGACUUACAGGAUUUGCCUAGUGCAGCUUUUUACAGCUCAGAGCACACUACAGGUGUCGAAAGUUGACAGGAGAGGGCGAUGCCGGUCGCAGGAGGGGGGGAGGGAUCGACAGUGACAAUAACGGCGUGUGUGUCUGAUGAACUGUCCAUGCAGUCCCCAAGGAUUUCCAGGUCGCUGUCUCUUUUCAUUAUGGGGAGAAAAUGUCCAAUUACGAGGCAGCGAGCCGAGGAAGAUCAGUGCCGGCACGUCGUGACCUUCUCUGGACUCCGAACUCUAGAGGACCGAGGGCCUCAGAGGGGCCGAACAUCUGCUGCGAGGAGAAAAUACAAUCCGGUGUGUUUUCUCUGAUUUGCAUGCUGUCAAUCAUGAGAACAGGCGGCGUAACGGGAUGCACGUCUGGGGAUUACAGGUGAUUGAUUCUGAUUGAACAGUCAUUGUCAUCCAUCACAGAAACUGGACCUUAAUGUAUGCAAACUCUAAAUCUGCCUUUUACUGAUGCUGUCAUUCACGCAGAGUCAUCUCGAAGGAACCAAAAGAAAAGUUUCAUGGUAGCCUGAGACUUUUAGACUUCUUUUAAAAUCACAUUUAAUUCAAAUUAAAAACAGAUCAUUUGCAAAAUAUACUGAACAAUAAAAAGGUUUGAACCCGGGUCAAUAAGGAACCUAACUAACCCUGACAGCAGUACUGUAGGCCUGCUGUAGACAGACAGGCAUGGGACAGGAGGGCUAUGUACAAAGACUCUGUGUUCGUCUUCAUGUCUUUAAUUUGUGAGGUUAUGUCGCCCCCUUUUGAAAAAAGAGCGGGGUUACCUGAGAGUGCAGCCGGAGCCGUUUACAGACCGCAGAGACACGACUGUGUGGAUGUAAGUGACAUGAGAUUUAAUAAAGAUGAACAUUUUCACCUUUUAGGUCUUUUAAGGAAAAGCAGUUGAGAAGAAUUUUAAGAGUUUGGGACCAAUCUGAAUAAUAAGGGACAAAGAAAAUUAAGAAGAUGAAUGGUUUUAAAAAGAGACUUUAUUGGUGCUUUUUAAAUGUCUGGUGUCUCCAAACAUAUUUACUCAAAAUCUCAUUCAUAUAUUUUUCUUUCUUUCAGGUAAGAAGUUUGAGAAGUGAAAAGGCGAGGGGAAUCUUAAGUGUUUUUCUUACUUUUUGUGUCAUUAAUCUGCUUUUUAUACUUAAGUUUAGUUAAUUUGUUCAAUUUAAUAAUUUUCUGAACACAAAUCCCUCUGAAUGAACCCCUAAACAUCCUUUACUGUUUAUUUAAACCGACUUUAUAAUGAGUUUAAGUUUUAUUAAUGAGACCUAAAUCAAUUUAUCUGAGAUGGGAAACUUUAAAUGAAUUAAAAAGACUUUUUUUUCUUCAAAUUUUCCAGUCACAAUGAUUAAAAGCAUGACUGUAUUCCUGAAUUACUCAUACUGGCGCAUUUAACCCCAUGUGGCUGAACUGAGUAUUACAGAUAACUACUUAUUAAGGCCUUUUUUGUUAUCUUUUUACACAUAGAAACUUGUAAAAAUGAAAAGUUUAAGCUAAUUUGUCCCCCGCCCCUGCAAAACUGGAUUCUUACAAUUAGGCUAAAACGAUUCGACACACCGGCUGGAUAGUUUUAAAACUUCUGCCGAUAAAUCGAACUUUUUUCUCACUUUUAAACUUAAUGAACCGUUGAAAGUAAUCUCUAAAUUUUUCUCCGAUAUUUCUGUCAACUCGUAACGUCUCUGAAGUUUCAGUAAAAGACUAAAAGAAACUAUGAAAUGUGAAAAAUCAGACUCUAACUUCACAGACUGUAACUAUCAGUUUUUAAUAGAAACACACGUCCGUCUGGUCUGUCCGGCUCUGUCUGCGUCGACGGAAGCAGCUCUGUAUGUUCUGUUGUAAAUGAUCGUCUUCUUUUUCUGUACAGAGGAAUGUAAAGAGUCACAGAAGUGUAAAGUCUUUACGGUUCAAUUUUGUGUCACGAUGAUGAGAAAUCACAAAGAUAAUCGAAGAGAUGACCGAUUUUCUUUCUGCAGCUUGUGAGAAUCAUGAAAUGGUUUGUGCUUAUAAGAAUACGUCAUGUCCGUCCAUACCUGCUGCUGCUGAUGAUGAUGAAUUAAUAAAUAUACACUUAUUUUCCCACCAGUA